UGUUGCCAUAGAAACCCAGAAAGCGCCAUGGCUGCCGCCGGUCAGGCAGAUGAGUGUUCAUCACAGCCGGCGGCAGCCCCAUCCAAGUCAUCCUCACCUUUACCGUCAGCUGUUUCCGUCCAAAAGAAGCCUAAGAAAUGUAUGAUGUAUCCGCAUCCCCCGAGGAGCUCCCGCCUGUCUCGUACCGUCCUGCGCUGGCUCCAGGAGCUGGAUCUCAGCUUUUUCCCUAGGAACAUCACCAGGGAUUUUUCAAAUGGCUACCUAGUUGCAGAGAUAUUCUGUAUAUAUUACCCCUGGCACCUUAGGUUAUCAUCCUUUGAAAAUGGAACCUCCUUAAAAGUCAAGCUGGAUAACUGGGCACAGAUAGAGAAGUUUCUAGCAAAAAGAAAUUUAAAACUACCUAAAGAACUAAUCCAUGGAACAAUUCACUGUAAACCUGGGGUGCCAGAAAUACUGAUUCAAGAGGUUUACACUUUACUCACACAUCGCGAAAUUAGAAGCAUCCAGGAAGACUACCCCAAUUUCACAGACUAUAGUUACCAAAUGCGUUUGCCACUCGUUCCCAGGUCUACCCUUUCAAAGUCUAUUAAAGAUAACAUUAGGUUAUCGGAAUUACUAAGCAAUCCUAAUAUGCUCAGCAAUGAACUCAAGAUAGAAUUCCUCUUCCUUUUACAAAUGUUGCAAAGAAAAUUGAGUAGAAAACUGAAUCCAGGGUGGUUCAACAUCAAACCAACAGUGGGAGAAAUUACAAUUGACCAUCUUCCUGUGCAUGGGCGCAGAUAUAAGUCAAAGAUUUCAAAAGAAAGAGUUAUGUCUUCUUUAUCAAAAUCAAGCAAUGAUGAGAACCAACAUAGAGAAAUUCAAGUGAAGCAAAGUGGAAAACCUUCUUGUGAGUCUGUUACAAAAGCUAUUAGAACUUCGGACGAAACAAAAGAGGACUCAUGUGAAGCGGCUUCGAAGAAACAAUGUCACUAACAUCUGCCACAAUGUGAGAACAUAGUGACCCAGCCUUGGAUGUAUUCCAAUAAUAAAUAACUUAAAUUGGUGUCUUCGCUGCAAUUGAGCUAAAAAAGAUUUCUUUAUGUGAUUCCACACAUAGCUAGCUUCUAAGCGUCAUCAGAACAUGGUUGAAAGAACAUCACAUGAUGAACAAUGCUUUGGGGAGCUAUGAGAGAGGCCCAGGAAAAAAAGGCAGAGGCCUUUUACUUCAGGUUGCAUUUUUUUCCCCUUGGUUGUUCUUGGACAUGAUUUCCUGCCUCCUGAAACAAACAUCUGCAUUCAAUUUAUAAGAUAUGUUAUUCUUGUUGGGUAUCAGAACACAGCUAUAGGACCCAUCCUGAUGAAAGGAUGUGCUGACUGCUGUCCUCGGUGUGCCCUGAAUCUGGGUAUGGCCUUCUGUCUUGCUUUCAUGCUUUCCCAAAUAUAAUCUAUAAUA